UGCAUGCAACUCACUCUCUCUCUCUCUCUCUUGCCAACCCCUUCACGAGAGUUACGUGGCCCUCUUCAUUUCAUCACCCACUAUAAACAUAAUCCAAUUCAUUUAUUCCUUUUCACAACACCCUGCAUGGAUGUGCCGCCUCAAGACGACGGCACGUCCGACAGCCGCCGCAAGGGCCCCGGAAAGAGGAGCGCCGAGGCCCCUCCGCCCAACGCGCCAUGCGGCGCCUGCAAAUUCCUCAGAAGGAAGUGCAUCAGCGGCUGCAUAUUUGCCCCUCAUUUCGGCUCCGACCAGGGAGCCGCCCGCUUCGCCGCGGUUCACAAGGUCUUCGGCGCCAGCAACGUCUCCAAGCUCUUGCUGCACAUCCCGCCCAACCGCCGCCACGAUGCCGUCGUCACCAUUUCCUACGAGGCUCAGGCCAGGCUCUCCGACCCCGUCUACGGUUGCGUCUCCACCAUUAUUGCGCUGCAGCAGCAGGUGGCAUCACUUCAAGCAGAGCUAUCAGUGGUGCAAACUCAGCUAAUGAACAGCAGAUAUGUGAUGGCAAAUGCAUUUCAAAAUCCACCACAGCAGCAGCAGCAGCAGCAGAUUUGUUAUUCCAACACUUCUUCGGCUUCGAACAACCUAAUUAGCAUGCACAGUUUCAGCCCUAACUUUGGGGAAACAAACAGUUUUGAGCCCAUGCAUGAAGAUCACGAAGAGGAGGAAGAGACCCAUGAUCCUGCAGUUGUUGCAUUUGCUAAUAACAUUUUUCAAUGAUUUAAUUUAUAUACCCAUUUAUGUAUUUGUAAGAAAUAAAUUAAAUGUUGUUUCCA